GCUCCGACUGUCUGCGCGGCGUGUGGAUGAGGCGCAGAGGGAACAACCGGGAACGCACCGAAAACCAGCCUAAAGAAGUCAUAUUAUCAGUCUUCAGGCUUUAUCUGUGAACCCGACCGCUGGAGACUUCAAGAAAGACUUAUCAGUACGGGAGCAGCGCUCGGAGUUUCAUUUUUAUAACGAGACUGGGGCGCAUCUCGUCUCCUUGAAGUGAUCCCUUUUUUAUGCAGUCUAUCCGUAGCGCUCCCGUCGGAAGGAGCCUGGGUGCAUGCACAAGAGGAGAAGGAGGAGGAGGCGGGGGAGUAACGAUCAUUACUUUUGAACAGACCCUUCGCCAUGGAGCUAUUCGUCCGGUCCCGGGCUUGAAGAAGAAUAGCUACCUGCCACGGGAAACUCCACCUUCUGUCCACUGUGAAGAAAGUGGAGCAUGCAGCCGAACCCCAGCCGUCUUUGUGCGACCCGCUGCUUAGUUUCUGGGGGCCUCUUCUGAAAAAGGGAGAGGAGAAGAAGGGGGCUCCUGGUGUUGAGCUGAAAUUCACACUCCGCGCCGGGAUCCGUAUUUUGGCACGGCGUGCCCAGUAUGAAAAAAAUGACUGGUGAGGCUUCUCCAAGAACUACUGAUCGUUGACAUUGCUUCAGCCUUCAGCUCUCCCUCUGCGACUCGUUGAACCAGCACUAUUAGCCAUCAGGCUCCUGGAUCGUUUGCAUACAGCAACACAAUGGCCUCUGCACUGCGGAGGUGUCCAGUGUUUCACUGCGUCUUGCUCCUUCUCUUUUGCUUUCACUGUUCACAAGGGUUCAGCCGUGCGGCCUUGCCUUUCGGGCUGGUCCGGAGGGAGCUCUCAUGUGAAGGAUAUGCAAUUGAUCUCCGCUGCCCGGGGAGUGAUGUCAUUAUGAUCGAGACGGCCAACUACGGCCGGACUGACGACAAGAUCUGCGAUGCUGACCCAUUCCAGAUGGAAAACGUCAACUGCUACCUCCCCGAUGCCUACAAGAUUAUAUCACAAAGGUGCAACAACCGUACGCAGUGUGUGGUUGUCACUGGCUCUGAUGUUCCUGAUCCAUGCCCUGGCACCUACAAGUACUUAGAGGUCCAGUAUGAGUGUGUUCCAUAUAUUUUCAUUUGUCCUGGGACCCUGAAGAGCAUAGGAGCCGCCACCUUCCUGUAUGAAGCUGAGCAGCAGGCUGGGUCGUGGUGCAAAGACCCACUGCAGGCGGGAGACAAAGUUUUCUUCAUGCCCUGGACGCCAUACCGCACUGACAUCCUCAUCGAAUAUGCCUCUCUGGAGGAUUUCAAAAAUGGUCGCCAGACGACCACCUAUAAACUGCCGCACCGUGUCGACGGGACGGGCUUCGUCGCUUAUGACGGGGCUAUCUUCUUUAACAAGGAGCGCACACGCAACAUUGUUAAGUUUGACCUGCGCACACGCAUCAAAAGUGGCGAGGCCAUUGUUAACAAUGCCAACUAUCACGACACCUCUCCUUACCGCUGGGGUGGCAAGACAGACAUUGACCUUGCAGUAGACGAGCGGGGCCUGUGGGUAAUUUAUGCCACGGAGCAGAACAAUGGGCGCAUAGUGGUGAGUCAGCUCAACCCGUACACGCUCCGCUUCGAGGCCACCUGGGAAACGGCUUACGACAAACGCUCUGCCUCCAAUGCCUUUAUGGUGUGUGGCGUGCUGCACGUAGUACGCUCCACCUAUGAAGAGAACGAGAGUGAGACGAGCCGCAGCCAAAUCGAUUACAUCUACAACACCAAGUUGAGCCAGGGCGAGUACACCGACAUCUUGUUCCCCAACCAAUACCAGUACAUCACCGCUGUGGAUUACAACCCCAGGGACAACCAGCUGUAUGUGUGGAAUAACUUUUACAUCCUGCGCUACGACCUGGAUUUUGGGCCGCCGGAUCCUGCCGAAGUGCCAACCACCGAAGACUCCUCUGUCUCAUCCGCCAUACCCAAGACCACAACGGUUCUCACCACCAUUGCUGCGUCUACUGUGAAGGGACGCAGUGACACCACAGUAGCAGGAGCAGAUCCAAGAGAUGGCCGAGAUCCAUUUGAGGACAACCGAGGCUCAAGUACAGCUGAGCCCACUAUCCCCGAGCUGCCUCACCCCAGACGCUUCUGCGACGCGACCAGGAGGAGAGCCAUCGACUGGCCCCAGACCCACACUGGAACCACUGUGGAGAGGCCCUGCCCCAAAGGGACCAGAGGUAUUUCUUCUUUCCUCUGCACCAUGGCAGGGACGUGGUGCUCCAAAGGGCCAGACCUCAGCAACUGCACCUCCCACUGGGUGACUCAAGUGGCACAAAAGGGGCCGGUGUUUGCCGGAGACGUCAGCUCCUCGGUGCGCCUGAUGGAGCAGCUCGGAAUCCUCGAUGCUCAGCUGCAGGAGCUCAGGCCCAGCGAGAAGGACUCAGCUGGACGCAGCUUCAACAAGCUUCAAAAAAGAGAGAAGACAUGCAGAGCGUACAUGAAGGCAAUUGUGGACACUGUUGACAACCUCUUGAGGCCGGAAGCUCUAAAAUCCUGGAAAGACAUGAAUUCCACAGAACAAACGCACGCUGCGACGAUGCUACUGGAUACCCUGGAGGAAGGGGCGUUUGUCCUCGCGGAAAACCUGAUUGAGCCCGCCAUUGUGAAAGUGCCCGCGGAGAAUAUCAUGUUGGAUGUGUACGUGUUAAGCACCGACGGUCAGGUGCAAGACUUCAGAUUCCCACAGACGAGCAAGGGUGGAGCGACUCUUCAGCUGUCCUCCAACACAGUAAAAGUCAACAGCAAAAAUGGUGUGGCCAAGCUAGUAUUCGUACUCUACAAGCACCUGGGUCAAUUCCUCAGCACAGAAAAUGCCACAUUGCGGGGAAUGGGAGACCUGAACAAACACAACCUCUCUCUCACUGUCAACUCCCACAUCCUGUCAGCCUCUAUUACAAAGGAGUCGAGCCGUGUGUUUGUGGCAGACCCCGUGAUCUUCACAUUGGAGCACCUGGAUAAAGAGCAUUAUUACAAUCCCAACUGUUCCUUCUGGAAUUAUUCAGAGAGGAGUAUGAUGGGAUACUGGUCCACUCAGGGUUGCAAACUGCUGGAAACCAACAAGAGCCACACCACUUGCUCGUGCAGUCACUUGACCAACUUUGCCAUCCUCAUGGCUCAUCGGGGAAAUGUGAGGGAUGGGAGCGUGCAUGAGGUUCUCCUUACUGUCAUCACCAGGAUGGGUAUUGCUGUGUCUCUUGUCUGCCUGGCCAUCAGCCUCUUCACCUUCUGCUUCUUCAGAGGCCUGCAGAGCGACCGCAACACCAUCCACAAAAACCUUUGCCUCAACCUGUUCAUCGGCGAGCUUCUCUUUCUUGUGGGCAUCAACAUGACAGAACCAAAGCUGGUCUGCUCGAUCAUUGCUGGAGUUCUCCACUUCUGUUUCCUGGCUGCUUUCGCCUGGAUGUGUUUGGAGGGCGUGCAGCUGUACCUCAUGCUGGUCGAGGUGUUUGAGAGCGAGUUUUCACGCAGGAAGUAUUACUACAUGUCUGGAUACCUUAUCCCAGCUGUGGUGGUGGGCAUCUCAGCGGCCAUUGACUACAGAAGCUACGGCACUCAGCGGGCAUGCUGGUUAAGGGUUGAUAACCAUUUCAUCUGGAGCUUCAUCGGACCUGUAACCUUCAUAAUUGUGGUCAAUGUCAUCUUCCUGGUGGUGACCAUGUACAAGAUGGUGAAGCAUUCCACCUCCAUGAAACCGGACUCAUCCAGGCUGGGGGGUAUAAGGUCGUGGGUGUUAGGAGCAUUUGCGCUACUUUGUCUUUUGGGGCUAACAUGGUCCUUUGGCUUGUUCUUUCUCAAUGAGUCCUCCAUUGUAAUGGCUUACCUUUUUACCAUCUUCAACACUCUGCAAGGGAUGUUCAUCUUCAUCUUUCACUGCCUACUCCAGAAAAAAGUACGCAAAGAGUACAGCAAAUGUUUCCGUCAGUCCCAGUGCUGCGGGGCGCUGCCGUCUGAGGGUUCCCACAGCUCAGCCAAGACAGCCACGUCUCGAUCCACGGCCCGCUAUUCAUCUGCUACUCAGAGCCGCAUCAGGCGGAUGUGGAACGACACUGUGAGGAAGCAGUCAGAGUCCUCCUUCAUCUCAGGAGACAUAAACAGCACCUCCACACUCAACCAGGGGAUGACUGGCAACUACCUCCUAACUAACCCUCUCCUCCGAACCCACGACACUAACCCUUAUAACAACCUUCUGGCAGAAACGGUGGUGUGCAACACCCCCUCUCCACCGGCUUUUCACUCCCCAGGACAGCAGUCUCUGAGCAACAGCAGGGACAUCAGUGCCAUGGACACCCUCCCCCUCAAUGGCAAUUUCAACAACAGCUACUCCCUGCGAGACGACGACUAUGAGGCCGUGGGCGUUCGAGCCCCGGGUGACCUGGGGGGCCUCAACCUGGACGAUGCCGCUUUUGAGAAGUUGAUCAUAUCCGAGAUUGUCCACAACAACCUCAGGCCCCGCGGGGCUCCCAAAGGUCGUGAUGCCCCACGGGAGAGGGACAGAGCCUUGCCUCCGCAGACCAGGGUGGCAGUGGACCGAGGAGGGGGUGGGGGUGGGAGCGGAAGCGAGGAUGACGCCAUUGUGGCAGAUCACGCCGAGGCCUCAUCCCCACAGAGAGGAAGCGGAAGAGGAGGCCACGCCACCCUGGAGCUGCUCCUGCACCCCCACCACAAGGAGGUGCUGGAAGCCCCUCUCCUCCCCCAGAGGACUCACUCCUUGCUGUACAGCUCCCAGAAGGCCCCCAGGUGCCUGGAGGGCCAGAGCGGCCAUGGCUCUGAGACUGUUACCACAGAGGAGGACAUGGGCUCCCAUUCACCCAGCAACAAUAGAGACUCCCUUUAUACCAGCAUGCCAAACUUGAGAGACUCCCCCUCGCCUUCGGCUUCGCCAUACCCUCCGGAGGAGGAAGAGGAGGAGGAGCUCUCCCCCUCACCUCAAAGUGAGAGUGAGGACGUGUAUCACAAAAGCAUGCCUGAGCUCGGCGAUGCACCGCAGCCGCUGUCCUACUACCACAUAAACCGGGGCACCAGCGAAGGGUGCAUCAUCCCACCCAACAAUGAAGACUGUGCGCAGGAGGGAGAGACGCCCACCGACGGACAAAUGCAGCUCAUCACCAGCCUCUGAGUGGGUGACGCUUGUUUGCACAGGUUUUAACAGAUGGGUGCAUCCGAGAGAGCCGGCUAGCCUGGCUCCGCGCUUCACACGCUCUUUCUGUUAGGACAGGAAGUGAAAAGUUGUUGGGUGGGAAAAGGAAUGAAUGAAUACAUGACUUUUGCACACAGAUCUCAUUAACACACAAAACACAUCCAUCUGAGGCCAGACAAAUGUGGACUGUGAAGGCUCUGCUGUUGGACUAAAGAGGAGCAGAGAAUGACACAUAGGCCGAGAUAAAUCUGGCAUUUCUGUUGUACUGAAAGAAAAAUCGAAGAAUAAGGGAUUAAAAAAAAUAAAAAUAAAUACUCUAAGUACUAUGAAACUCCUGAUGUAUUCCUGGGGGACUUUGAAGAACCAGGGUCUUUUUAGUCAAGUGCAGAACUAGAACUAGUGUGGCUCCACUACACAGUCAGGACUGUAAAGUUAAGAAACCACUAAUUCAGACUCAGGCCUUAUAUUUUCUCUAUUGCACAUUUAACUGUUGUCAAAGUAACAGCUGAAAAAAAUAUAUUUUGCUGUACCACUAGUGUAAAAAGUAAAACAAAAAAAAAAACAAAAACAAAGAAAAAAAAAAAAA